UUCAAGCAUAAUAAUAACUUAUCUAGUAUUUUUUUUUAUGAUUGCAAUGUGUCAUAACUUCUUUAUAAAAAUAAUGAAAAUUUUUUUUCUCCCGUUUUUCUACGUCAGAUCCGACCAUUAUCUGACUAGAUUUGAUCUUGGCCUCUUUGAAGGCAAUUCAAUUGAUUUGGCAUCAGUUUCAAUCUCAUUAGGCCAAACUCGAAUUCGAUCAUAUGAAGGGAGAAAUAGGAGGAUCGAGAAGGAGAAGAGGAGAAAAAACGAGAAAAGGAAAUACAACUUUUUUUUUUUUUCCAAUCAGUGUUGCCGCUACCAAAGCUAGUAUCAGAUCCGGGUAUAGCCUCCUCUUUCCCCCAAAUUGCACUCCGAAUCAAUUCAUUUGUUGAAUUAUUAAUAAUCUUUCUCUUCCAAACGCUACCUUUUGCAUUAUUGUCCUAAAACCAAAUUCUUCUCUCUUUUUUUUUUUUUUUUUAUUUGUGUUCUUAAAUUUUUUUUCGUUUGCUAUAUAAACCCGCAAAGCCCAACAGUAAUAAAAAUCAAAGCUUUACCAGAAUCCGAUAAAAGAAUUAAAAUAACCAAAAUGGGUUCUCUCCAGCUUUUUCACAGCUAUGCAGUGUCAGUUUCUCCGGUGACUCAUCUCCGCCGUCCAUUGAACAAAGGCAGAGUGAGUGCAUGUCUAAGCGUGGACGUGGAAGCACCGAAUCCGUUGAAAUUAAAGUCGAAUGGAAGCAAGGGCGUGAUAGAAGAAGAAGGGAAAGUUCUUGUGGGAACGUAUGCAAGAGCUCCGGUGGUGCUGUCUAGUGGCAAGGGCUGUAAAUUGUAUGAUCCUGAAGGGCGAGAGUUUCUUGAUUGUGCAGCUGGGAUUGCUGUCAAUGCGCUUGGUCAUGGGGAUCCCGAUUGGGUCAGGGCGGUUACAGACCAAGCUAAUGUGCUUGCUCAUGUUAGUAACGCCUACUAUUCCAUUCCUCAGGUGGAGCUUGCAAAAUGUCUGGUGGCUAAUUCUUUUGCUGAUCGUGUAUUUUUCACAAACUCUGGAACAGAAGCAAAUGAAGCUGCUAUUAAGUUCUCCAGGAAGUUUCAAAGAUUUACAAAUCCCGAUGAUAAACAGCCUGCUACAGAUUUUAUCUCCUUUACUAAUAGCUUCCAUGGUAGGACCCUGGGUGCCCUUGCUUUGACAAGUAAAGAGCAUUAUCGUUCACCAUUUGAGCCUGUUAUGCCUGGAGUUACUUUCCUGGAGUAUGGCAACAUACAAGCUGCAAAAGAUCUAAUCCGGCAUGGAAAAAUUGCUGCUGUAUUUGUUGAACCCAUUCAGGGUGAAGGUGGAAUACACAGUGCAACAAAAGAAUUUCUGCAAGCUUUGCGUAAGGCAUGUGAUGAUGCUGGAUCCCUCUUGGUUUUUGAUGAGGUCCAAUGCGGAUUUGGUCGAACUGGUUAUCUCUGGGCACAUGAAGCAUUCGGUGUUUUCCCAGAUAUAAUGACACUUGCCAAGCCUCUUGCUGGAGGUCUUCCUAUAGGUGCUGCUUUAGUAACAGAAAGAGUUGCUUCUACUAUAGUCCACGGAGACCAUGGAAGUACUUUUGCUGGUUCACCUCUUGUGUGUAGUGCUGCUAUUGCUAUUUUGCAUAAAAUUACAAAUCCUAGAUUCUUGUCCAGCGUCUCAAAGAAAGGUCAUUACUUCAAAGAAAUGUUGAUCCAAAAGCUCGGAGGAAAUUCACAUGUGAAAGAAGUGCGUGGUUUGGGCCUGAUAAUUGGAAUAGAGCUGGAUGUGUCUGCUUCACCACUUGUAGAUGCCUGCAGAAAUUCCGGUCUUCUAGUAUUAACUGCAGGGAAAGGAAAUGUUGUGAGACUGGUGCCACCAUUGAUCAUCUCAGAGAAAGAAUUGGAGCAUGCAGCUGAGAUUUUACAUGAAUGUUUACCUGCACUUGAUAGUAGUAACUGAGGUCAGGAGAAUUGAUAACAGCAUCUAGUUCCAAAUAAGACAUUUAGAAUGUUUAAUCUAGUAUGUGAAAUUUGCUGCUGUAAUGUUAACUAAUAGAAUAAUCAAAAUCCCAUAAUUAUUCUAAAA